CUCUUUAAGCCGAGCCGAGAGGAAGGAGGAGGAGUGAAUGGAUCCAAGGAAUUUUUUCUCUUAAGGUCGAGAGGAAGGAGGAAGAAGAAAGAGCUACCGUUGCGUGCGUGUGAGAGAGAGGAGAGGAGAGAGUUUUCGUGGAAGACCCGCACGAACGAACGAAUCGCCGCGAGUAAAACCCGGUCAAUGUGAGAGGAAGGGUGGUCGCGAUUUUAACUCUUCGUCUCUCGUGUGGGCGACUUUGCGCGAGAGAAAAGAGUGGGAGGAGAGGAAAAAAGGGCGAGAGACUCUUUCCGGGGGCGCUGGAAGUGGCGAGGCUCGACUUUGGUUUCCUGGGCUGGAAGGAGUGGUCGAUAAUCGAUCGCUGGUGUUCCUCGCCAAUUGCGAUCGAUCGAUGAUCAUGGCGGCAGCGGCGACUUGCCCAUCGCCCACGCGAUUGCUGUGCUCGCUGGCAUCGUCGCCGGGCAAAUUCGCGUCGCCCUCUUCGCCGCUCUCGCCCAGGUCGUCGGCGGCGGCGGCGGUCAAGGAAGAGCUGCUCAUCGCGUCGAUCGGAGGCGGCGGCGACGGCGAUCCCGCGCCGCCGGCGAGCUUGAAGAGGAAGCGGCCGCCCAGGCUCACCAUUCCCGCGUCGGAGAGGGAAUCUUCCACGGCGGCGGAGUGCGUGGACGACGAAUAUUCCGACCUCACGCACGCUGGCCAUGGCUAUGGCGUCGCGUGUAAGAAGGGGCGGCGCCAGAUCAUGGAGGACAGCUUCACGGCACUGCCCAAGCAGGGAUUCUUUGGCGUCUUCGAUGGCCAUGGCGGGCGCGAGGCGGCGAGAUUCGCAGCGCACAAUCUCCUGGACAACAUCGUCAAGGCGGCUUGCCCUACCGACGAGGCCGGCGCGAUGCAAAUCGGUGCGCAGGAGAUCCGGAUGGGAUACCACACCACGGAUUACGAAUUCUUGCGCCAGGGUUCUAGCAGUGGCGCGAGCUGCGUCUCGGCGCUAAUCGCCCGGAACGAGCUCCUCGUCGCCAAUGCGGGGGAUUGCCGGGCGCUGCUCGUGAAAUCCGGCGGCGCGGCCGUCCAGCUUACGCAGGAUCAUCGAUUCAGCUCCGAGUCGGAGCGCCGGAGAGUAGAAAGUCUCGGUGGAAUCGUGGAUCGCUACACGGGGACGUGGAGGGUCCAGGGCGUGCUGGCAGUGUCGAGAGGGAUUGGAGACAUAGAUUUGAAGCAAUUCAUCUCGUGCGAUCCACACGUUGUGAGUUUGCCGCUGACCAGCGACUGCGAGUUCCUCAUCUUGGCGUCCGAUGGACUCUGGGACCUGGUGUCAAACCAGGAAGCCGCGGAGUGCGCAUUGCUGGCCCUCAAGGUGGGAGCGAAGCGUGAAUCGGUCCAACUAGAUUCUCGUGGUGCUGCUUCAACUCCCGGAUUGUCGAGCUUAGGUGCUGCGUGCCGACGAUUGUUAGAUCUGACACUCAAGCGAGGGUGCCUCGACGAUGUAACCGUCAUGAUCGUGGAGCUUGGGAAGUUCUCCACACCAGAGCGAAGCUCCUGACUGGAAACCUGACGACGAAGCUGGAAAUUUGUACAUUCAUUCUUUUUGUUUUCUCAUAACUUGACUGUAAAUUCAUCUCUAGAGCUUAGAUUUGUUUUGAUUUUC